GCAACAUGCGCAUGUAUUGGCGGCGCACGAGAGCCCGCUGGCUGGGAGCACCGUCACUGCGGGAAACCUGUUCCGAGUUUGGCUGCGCUCACGAUCUUUGUGCGCUGUUUAGUACGAUCGACCCAACGGUUCUCUUCGGACGUUCUUUCGCGAGUGCGUGGUGCCUAGCUGUUGCUGUUGUGUGGUGGCGGGCGCGCUUUGUCAGUUCUAAUUAUUAAUUAAUCCGUGAAAUUUCCUGUGCGUGUGUGUGCUCUUUUCGGGCGAAAUUAGACGGAUUAUUAAUCGGGGGUAGGUUGCACUUGCUACACCACGGAUGCGAGUCUAGCGCCUUUGGGGCAUGCUGGGCGCUAUUGGAGGUUCCCAACUGCAUAUGGAAGAGAGCUAAGAAAGCGAGAAGAUGGUUGGGUUCAUUGUGUUUGUCGGGUGUAAACAUGGCGUCUAGAGUGAUCGUUGCUUUGGUGGAACUGCAUUUCUGCCUCUUCCGCACGGUGCUAUUAAGAAUUCCAGGAUAAUCGAUAUCCGCUGAUGGAUGGAAGCGACAGUAAACGGUGACGGUGCAAUCACGAAGGUUAAUUACUUAUCGGCGGCCUGAUGGUGCGAAAUUGCCUGUGGAUAUUUCAGAAGCCGACCGUAAAGAAGUCAUUAAAUGCCGCAAAUGGCAAUCGAAGUGGCUCAACGAGUUCUCAAUAUCCGAUUUGACGACAGAUCGCGGAGUGUGUGCUUAAACCCGUGAAGAGCUAUUAAAUGAGCGAGAGUGCGACCAACUGUCCCAACCGACACUGCGUCGCGUUGUCAACGAGAUAGCGACUGCAACUUCUCGAAUAUGUAAAGUGAGCAGUCAAUACAUCACGCAUCUCGAGCCUUACCUCAAAGGGGUGAAGAUAAAUUAAAAAUUCCGCUUGCUGGCUGGCUUUUUUGCAUGCAUAAAAAUUUUACCUUCUUUUUUGUUUGGCUCAAAACCAGUCUUUGGCUGCGAUCGGCGAUCUCGUUGAGUGUUCUUUUUUUUCCUCUUAUUUUGUGCGCUAGUGUGUGGGUUCGCCAGGUUUUCAAACGGCCUCUGCGAAGUGCGAAGGUAUGUGUGUGCGCAGGAGCGUGUGAAGGUGUAUCAAUGAAGAAUUACUCCCGAGGAAUACCAAUUGCGCAAAACGACGACGACCAGCGCGAGGAAAGUAAGUCCAAAGUCGUGGAGAACAGCAGCAGCAGCAGCAGCAGCAGCAUCAGCAAGAGGAAGAAGGACUAGAAAACAACAACAGAAGGAAUAAUCCACUGCUUCUUCUUUCUCUGUGCAAGUUUGCUGAUGCAGUUUGUUGGCUGUGGGACGGGAAAAGUCAACGUAAAUAAAUUCAAGUGAGCUCGGUGACGGUACAAGCAGCGAACAUCGGCCAGCACAGGAGAAAGGAAGGCACGCGUAACGGAGCCCUUAAGGAAGUGGCAGCACAUUGGGGGUGCCGCCUGUAAAAGAUCGGAAUCAAUAGACCAUGUGAAACUGGACAAAUACACCUAGACAUGCAUAAUGAGUCUACAGUACAAUCAACCAGGGAGAAAUCGCUCCCCAGCAAUGUACCGGAAAGCACAAAUCGUUCACCUUUGCACGAGGCGGCAUCGAAUGGCGACGAGUCGGCGGUGGAAACGCUGUUGGCUGCUGGAGCUGAUCGAAACGCAAAAGAAUCGCUGCACGGAAACACACCACUGCACGAGGCCGCCUGGAAGGGCUACAGCCGUUGUGUUAAAAUAUUAUGUUCCUUACCCAAGUCCCACAAACCCGGCACAGGCACAGGCACCGGGAGUCACCCCGGUGGUCCCAAGUUGUCCAUCGAUUUAAUCAAAGACUCCAGCAAGAUCAAGAGCGCCCUACAAGACACGAGGGGAGCCCUGCACAGUGCCCUGCUCGGAACGCGAAACUUUGGCGGCUUUUCGGCGCUGCACUUGGCGGCCCAAAAUGGACACAAUCAGAGCUGCCGGGAGAUUCUACUUGCCGGAGCCGAUCCUGAUGUACAAAAUAAUUACGGUGAUACCCCACUCCAUACAGCGUGCCGUUAUGGCCACGCCGGUGCCAUCCGGAUUCUCCUUUCAGCCAAGUGUGACUACGAACGGAUUAACCUAAACGGCGAUACGGCUCUGCACAUCGCCUGUGCCAUGGGGAGGCGUAAACUGACCCGAAUUCUGCUCGAGGCCGGAUGUAGACAAGAUGCGAAAAAUGCUCAGGCCGAAACACCACGGGCCAUAGCGAUCCGCAAGAAUCUCACCGAAAUCAUCAACAUACUCAACACACCGGUCCAGAUCUCCUCGAGGCAAGCCCGUGAACGAAGCUCCAGCGGUUCACACCGAAAAGGGCGUGACGGAAAAAGUGGCGAUCGGUCGCGCAGCAGAGACGAUCGAAAAGUUCGUGAUAAAUCCAAAGGCCGGUCCGGCCACGAUCCCCGGUACGACGUAGAUCCCCAGCAUUGGUCACCGUACGGGUGUCACUACUUCCCGGAUCCGCGCAAUUUCCCUUCACCCAAACUAGAAACCUUACCCAAAGAACCGUUGGCCAAGGGGGAGCAGUAUUUCCUCGACCUAGCGGGCAAUAUACGGAAAGGACCCGUUGGGGUCGGUAAUACGUGCUACUGCGCGCCGUUCUUCAAGCAUCUGGAGCAGCGAAUGAACCAGAACAGGAAGAGUAUACGAAAGUAUGUGAAUCGUGCGACCGAGAAACUGGACAGUCGUAUGACCGCACUCGCCAUAAAGACCGAUGAUCAGAUCGAGGAGUUGACGAAAACGAUGAUCGCGAACCGGGUGCAAUGUGAGAAUAAGCGGUUACAUCUAGAGCAGUGGUUGAAGCGUGGCAUAGCUGAACGUGCAACCGGUCCCCAUAAUUCCAAAACUAAGAAAGACGAAGCAAACACGAACACCUUAACACGAUGCCGAAGUCUGGAACUGCUAGACGGAAGCGAUGACGUGCUGACGAAUCGGAUAAAAACCUCCUCACCCCAGCUAUCGCGCAGUAUAGACUUCCUGGACGCCCCGGGAAGUAAGCAUCCCGAUUACUCGGAUCACUUCGAGAGUUCAAACAACUCAAACAUCAAGAACCACUCGGAAGCAGACGAGCCCAGUCGGAGGGCGCCUCUGUGGAAGUUCGAUGCUGAGCAGCAAAACGGCAGCAAGAGAUCAUCCUCGAUGAGUCACUCGGGGCGAGAAAGCUACUGCUACUCGGACAAGGACAAUGGCAAAGAGAAGGCUCGUACAGUUUAUCAGGACCGAGUGCCAAGCUCGGCGUAUGGAGGCAAUUCAUCCAAAGAAGACAGGAAAGUAUCCUCGUCGGCGGAAUCGUCCAACUACGAUCACAAAAACGAGAAGAUCAAAGUCACCGAGAGGCUGGAGGAGCUGCUGAGUAAGACGAAGAAAAUUUUGGAACUAGAGAAAAUUACGAAGAAGAAACAUAGUGAUAAUAGAUAUAUCCUGGCACUAGAUCGCCUAAAAGACAUACACAAUUACGAGAGUAAUCCUCAAGUUUACCAUCAAUCGUCUUCAAAGCGUGAUUCACCUCACCAGGGUUAUGAUAUUGCCCAGGAGAUGGAGAAGAUUACCCAAUCGCUCCUUCCAGCGGUUCCUGUCUCACCAGAGAUAUCCAAAGAUAUAACUACUCGGAAAGAACGUUCGGCGAAUUCACAAAUGGUCUAUAAAAAUGCCGGGGACGUGAUAGGCGCCAGCUCGGGAUCAACACCCCAUUCUACCAUGUCACCUAGUUCCUCUCUCCUCGGUGGUGCCAAAUCUAGCUUACAUGUCAUCUACCCGGAUGCAAUCGAAGUACAUGUGGCGUCAACCAAUUUUACCGAUCCUGUAUCGGACAGAGCGGGAAACCAUGAAUUCGAAGAGAUUGCUCACGUUGACACUGUUAAUAUUCCGUUGAUGAACGGAUUCUACGCUAACAAUUGUUUCGAGGAUAUACCAAGUUCAUCGAAUACAACAAUAAAAUCAGCUCCGAAUCAUAGCAGGAAACUGGAACAGAAAGACGAGGAACAUGUAGACAGUGAGGAGGAGGAUGACGAUGAGGACGAAGAGAUGGACACCGACAACCAAGAUAAAGACUGGGAAUCCGACGAUCAGAGCGAUUUGUCGGAUAUGGCUAACUUCGCUCAGUUGAAAGAACUGAAGAGUAGAAUACUUAAUGGUACAAACUGGAGGAAUCAAGCGCUACAUAAAAGUGUUCAUGAUUUGUUCCAGAAAUCAAUGGAACCCCAGGAGAAUGUGACUGAUGAACAGGAUCCAGAUUCAAUGGCUGACGAAGAAGCAUGUGCGCAAAAUACGGAAAAGAAUAGAGUGAAAUACAUAAUUUCGAAGUUGCAAAGUAGCACAAUCCAACAAAUGGAACCUGUCAAUUCAUCACAGGAUCAGGAGGAACACUUUUCUGAGACCAGCGAGGAGCCCGAUGAUAUGGAUUGUGUUGAUGGUCCAUCCGAGCAACGUCCAGUCACGGCAAAAAGUUUGAUUGAAAUGUACGAAAAGGGUCUUCCAAAAGUGGAGAACCAACCUGUCGCUGCCGUCCGCCAACAGUAUUUCGUUCCGAAAGACGCUUACUUCCAUGAACUGCCAAACAAACAAAAUGUCGCUCUCAAACCUCCCGAUUUAACCUCCAAUCUGUCAAACUCACAUCUUUCGGAUCAAAUGCCAUUAACCGGCACUGCUAGGAGUCGAAAUCCGCUACCGACAUUCCUCAACGAGAACGAAAUACUGGAUCCACACCAGAACCAGCUAGGUUCUGGCUUUUAUUCGAAUCACCAAACAUCACACUAUCCCACGCAAAUGACACCGUACUCCAACGGCGAUGAUUACCUCUACCAAUACCAUUCACACUACGUUCCCCAGGUUCCCCUCCAGGAAAAGCUUCUCUCCAGCCGCAAGAGCAUGAAUCCAGCCGCAUCAUCCUUCGCGCCGUCCAACGGCAGUACGGCAACUCCUUCGCCGGAAUUCUCCUAUCAGCUAGCCAGCAGUCAGCCACCGCCGGUGAUGAUGCAUCACCACUUGCACCCUCAACAUCCGCCCCAACAGCAGCCCCAAUCCGCGCAGCAGUUCCGAAAAUCGCAGGACAACCUUUCCAACGAUGAUUCCGGCUACAUUAGUGCCAAAGUUAGUGAAAUACACGGUCCCACUGGAAUCGCCAGCAUUGCCAGCAACGGAAGCCCAUCAUCCCCGAUCGAGGUGAUACCAAUGCCAAGGCAGUUCAUACCGUACCACAUGGGCAAUACGGCUGCCGUGCUGGAAGGAGGAGCCGUUGGGGGUACCGGAGCUGGAGGAUCUGGAGCGAUUUACGACGAGCAGCACUACAACUUGGGUGCUUCGAGCUUGGUGUGAAAGAGAGAGCACCGCGUGUGUUAGUUAGUUAUGUGAAUUUUGUAUACAAUUUAGUAAGUUUUUAAGUUUUUAUAAUUCUUUUUAAAUUAUUUUAUCGUUUAAGGAGUCACUUUUUAUAGAAUCGAGAACGCGUACUGUUUUAUCUAGUGAUGAUCAUUUCCAUUCUCAGUAUUUUUAUCGGAUAAAUUUUAAUCGUAAUACUGUUUGAAAAAAUUGUUUUAUAAUGUGGUACCAGCCGUUCUGCAUUUAUGGUCCCAGUAUGUAAUGUGUGUAAAUAAAGCGUUAAAA